UGAGAGUUAAUUUUUUAAUUUGCGAUUAUUUCAUUCAUCCUUGCUUUAAUUACAACUUUUUUGUUAAUUUUCCAUUGCAAAGUCGUGGUUUUAGCUCAUUGUGUUAGGUCAGACCUUGCUCACACAAAAAUGCCACGUGAACUUCAUGAAAUCAAACAAUUCCUUCUCACGGCGAGGAGAAAGGAUGCUAAAUCUGUGAAAAUUAAGAAAAACCCGGAAAACACCAAGUUUAAAGUACGUUGUUCAAGAUUCCUUUACACUUUGGUGAUCACUGACAAGGAGAAGGCCGAAAAAUUGAAACAGUCGCUUCCCCCAGGUCUCCAAGUGAAAGAAGUGAAAUGAAAUUACUUUUAACUUUUGUAACUUAAAUAUAAAUAAAUAAACAAAAGUUUUGAUUUUUAUUUA